AGCAGUUUAAGACAGAGUUAUGAAAGCUCUUUGUAACCGCUCGGUCGCGCAAUGACCAUCGCUGGGAAGGUGUCCUGCUACUUGAGAUCUCUUUUUAAAUUAAUCCCCCGCCGCCUGGCCCACUGACAGCCGAACCUCAUAUCCGGUGCUGUUCUUUUCGAUCUGCCUCCAAUCUGCCUUCCGCUAUCCGAUGCGACUUUCCGCUCCAAUUGACGGACUCAGACGUCCGUUGCAUCAUUGUGAUUUUUUUCUGCGGGGUUUGAGUAUUGAGAAGGCCUCGGCCGUGCGUUUUGAAUUUAUAGCAACCAAAGACCCGUUUUUUUUUCUCUUCUCCGCGGAGGAUGGUUCGUUCACCCGAUGACAAGCCCAUUCGUCCCCAACACAACAAUCAAGCAACCUUACCAGACGAAAUAAGACUCUUCCCCGGCAACUCACGAUCAGAUGAUCCCAAUGGAGUCCCCAUAAUCCCCGGACAAACUAUGACGAAGAGAAAAAAGAUAGGGGGUUCCCCUUUCAAGAUCGUGGAUCGGAUAUCAGGGAAUGCCCGACAAAGUGGACCAGUCCGUGCCAGCAAGAAGGAAGCCCGUCCCCACGAUGCUCAUCCAUAUGAAAGGCCGACCAAACGACCCCGUCAUCGCGCCGGUCCGGAGCCGUCACGGUCUGGAAGCAUUCUCAGCCUCGUCGACAAGGAGACCGAUGCCCACCCCGCGCUGGACACAUCUCCCACUACCACACACCCGUCACGUAUGUCUCCCACCUCGAGCCAACGAUCAGCCAAGUUGAGGAAGACGCGGAAUAACUUAUUUACCCUGGAAGAAUUUCGCGGCGUCGAGAAGAGCGUCAAACCCCCGCAGCAGCACAGAAAGGGGAAUGCUAAGCACGGCAAGAAACAUCCCGCCCCGACUCGGCCCGACGAUGCACGCGAGGAACGCUUUACGGAGGAUGCCGCGGCAGAGAGGCGUCGUCGAGCUUCCUCGGAUGAUGGCGGCGUCUCCAUUCACGGCUCGAAGCGUGCGCCCAAGCAUGAGGUGUUCCGGGGUGUGGAGGUUUCAUCAUCGCAGAAUCGCAAUCCUGGUAAAGGUGCACUGGCUCGUUCACCCAGUCGAAACGGCCUGGCUUCGCCUACGAGGUCAAGAGGCCAAUAUGAGUCACAGGGCAGUGACGACGAGUUGCAAGUCACGGUCGAGGUGCGCCGGAGUAAGAAAGUUACGGGAAAGGGCGAGAAUGAAGUACAGGUAGCCCUGGGGAAAGAGCACCGACAAUCGUCACCGGCCGAUAUCCAACACACCGUCUUUACUCCUUCCAAAACUAAGCGCGGAUUGAAGGGGAAGAAGCAGAAACGCACUACUAAUAAAACAGCCUCCAACUCAAAGUCCUUUGGGGUUGUCUAUGCCCGCUUUGGGCCUAUUGAGCAGCAUGCUGAUCAAACAAAGGGUGUUGAGCUUCUCUUAGACCUGGAGCGAGGGGCCAUCUUGUUGCAUAACCACAAUGACCCGGCAGAAUGCUUUGAGCUACCUUUGAGUAAAGUCACCAAGGCUACAGGGGGGCUUCCUCCGAGUGGCAAGAUCAGGCUCUCAUUGUCUAAGAUGGAAGGGCUCGAUCAGAAGCUAGACCUAGAGCUAUCUUCAGCCGAAGAGAAAGAACGAUUCUCUGACGGCCUAAGGGGUUGGAACAUCGAGCCGUUGCUGCAGAAAGAGGAGUGGAUGGAGAAGCUUUUUCGCACUCACGACAAAGAACUAAAACAACACCCUAAUGGACUCAAAAGACCGCUGCCUGCAGGUCCGCCGAAAAGUACUGAGAAGCCCGCGUCGCCGGUCAAAAGAAUGCGACUCUCAGACUCCCUGCAAGACGAAAGAGGAAACCCCACAGUCACCGCCCCGCGGGAACUUCCCGGCCCCUCCAAUUCUGCAGCCAAGUCCUCCCCGUCUUCACCGGACGUCAGUCCUCGUGCAUCCAAGCUAUCCUCCGCCUUGAGUGUGCAGAUCCCCGUAACGACCCAUACUUCCCCUACACUUUCAACGUCAAAUCGCCAGACUAGAGCCAUGUUACGUCACCUUCCAUCGACCACUAUCCUGAGUGAUGACGAGGACGAAGCGGACCAGUCAACCCAGUCGCAGUCUGAUGGGCCUGUGAAAAAGUGGCAUAAACCCCUUGUUUACCCACGAUUCGGGAAGAAAAAGGCCGAGGUCAACAUGCAAGACCGUGACCGCCUCCGCAAAAAUGAUGAGUUCCUGAACGACAAUCUCAUCGAGUUCUACAUCCGCUUUCUGCAGGAACACCUCAGUCGAACGAACGAAGAGGUGGCCAAGAGAGUAUAUUUCUUCAAUUCGUUUUUCUACGACACUCUCAUGAAUGUGCCCCGGGGGAAGAAAGGCAUCAACUACGACGGCGUGCAGAAAUGGACCAGGAAUGUCGACAUCUUCAACCACGAUUUCGUCGUCGUGCCCAUCAACGAACAUGCACAUUGGUAUGUUGCCAUCAUAUGCAAUUUACCGAAACUGCAGGACCUUGCCGAGCCGCAGGUUUUCGAUGAGCCAUUGUCCAGCCAGGUGCCGUCGUCAGCUCGGCUAGACAGUCAGGUUCAGGAGAUACCGGAAACCCCUCCGCCUGAGGUUCCUCACGCUGAAGGAGGGACAUCGACAGCUCCCGAUGCAGAGCCUGCGAAGGAAGAACAGACUCGCCAUUCGUUGGCAUCGAUGAGCUUAGCCGAUGAGCCUUCCAAGGAUGCUUCCAAGGAGGAGACGCCGGCGGAGGAGUGGCCCGACCGCGAGGAGGUUUCGUCUAUUCCUAUGCCAGCCUUCCCCCAAGCGCAGACGGAGCAGCCAUCGUCGCAGACAGCUUGUUCACAGGACGCCGUUAAGACCUCGGAUUCUGCCAAGGCACCGCGAAAACAGGCGACGAAGCGGACGAGCAAAUUCGACGUCACCCAGCCUACCAUCAUCACCUUCGACUCGCUAGGCAUUACCCGCAGUCCUACCUCCCGGAUCCUGCGCGAGUACCUGUACGAGGAGGCGAAGUCCAAGAAAGGCGUCGAGAUCAACGCGAAGUCCAUUCGAGGUAUCACGGCUCAGAAGAUUCCGCUGCAGCCCAACUAUUCCGACUGUGGGUUGUAUCUCAUGGCGUACUUGGAGAAAUUCGUGCAGGACCCGGACACGUUCAUCCGGAAGAUACUCCAGAAGGAGGACGGCGAGUGGCCACCGCUCAAGUCGGGACAUCUCCGCAAACGACUGCGCAAGUUUCUUGAUGCGUUGUAUGAUGAACAGGAGCAGAUGAGCAAACAGGAAAGUAGUGCCAAGGAGACCAUGGCGGAUCGCACGCCGAUCUGUUAUCUGUUGGGGUCGCCUUGGGCAUCGCCGGAAGCGCAGCGUGAUAUGAAGACGGAGUCGCCUGUGAAAGAAACUGGAAAACAGCCUAUGAAGUCACCGUCCCGAGCGCCUGAGCAACAGCCAGAUCCAGAGUCACCGACGAAAGCUCGUGUGGCUCCGGCCUCCUCAAAGGAGAAUGCUCAGGGUAGCGAACAUAAGGAUGAGGCGGCUGGAGUGAAGGGUCACGAAGAGCAGGAGGCGGUCGACGAAGUUCGUCUGGUGACAUCUACGAAGGACGAGGCGGGGCCGUCUGACCCGCACCCGGCUCAUCAAGAGGUCAUCGAGGUGCCGGACAGUCAAGAGCCGGCCGCAUCCUUGAAGGCCAAGUCGGAGACCGCGAGGCCGUUGACCCCGGUUCCGUCGCCGGCCAAGGUUAGGUCGCCGGUCAGCAAGACCUAUACACCGCUCCAUCUGUCUGCCGCGGCCACGGAGUCUGAUAGCAGGAAGUCUAACAAGGACGGCGGGGGCGUGCCAGACACGGUUGUUGAGACCCAGGUGCCCGGGACACCUUCGAAGUCGUUGCUUGUCAAAGACAGUCCGUCUAAGAAACGAUGAACUGCAUGUCAAAGACAGUCCAUCCAACAAACGAUGAAGAGUGCGGUUGCUGAUAGCAUCGGAUCUUUGAGGACUGCAUGUUGCCGAUUAGCAUAUAUCUGGAAUUUCCUUUUGUUGUUUUGAUCUUGCAUUUCGAUCUCACUGGCGUUUCGGGACAUUGUGGGGAUACAUUUAGCAGUAGCAUAGAUACCAGAUACCAAGCUUGCUUGCAUUUGUGUGCGAUGUGGGGUGGGGGUUUGGGGGGUAGAGGCUUUGUUUGCGUGUUUGGAGUGUAUAUGACUUAUGAUGAUUAUGGUUCGAACAUGAAGA